CCCUGCCAUGCAACCAUUCCGUCACAGGACACCUCAUCGUGGUACACGAAAAUAACACCUGAUUUCUUUCUAAAAUAGGCUCGUGCGGAUGGAAACGAAAGUUUGCGAAUUAAUAUUUAAUUCGAUUCAUGUGUGUUAUUAAUUUUUAGUCCUUCCUAAUGCGUGAAGAGAUAUGAAGAGCUGAGUGCUUGGUGGAAUAAUUACAUUCUCAGGAGACUUGUUUUUAUUAACAGAUUGUGAUGAUCAAAUAUGUGCAUUGGUCACCGCUCGUGGUUCUUUUUAUCUUCUGAAGUGAUAAGACAAAGAUUAUUGAAGCAGAAAACUCAAUUGGAAGAAGAAAAAAAUUUCUAUCAAUAUCAUUUGUGACUUUAGAUCGAAUAGAUGAAAAGAACGACGGCAGAACAACCAUGAUGUCUCGAUGACAAUCUGGUGACCAUUUCCAAAAUGGAAUAUAUUAAGAAGAUGAAAGAGGAGCGGAAAGACAAUGACAAACGGGUGAAAUUAAAUAUUGGAGGCCAAUGUUUUGAAACCUGGCUAAGUACUCUGGAGAGAAUUCCAGGAACCCGUUUGGCCUUGUUAUCUACCCUGAAAGAAGCGGACGAGAGUUAUGAUGCUGAACACGGGGAAUACUUCUUUGACCGGCACCCCGGCGCUUUUAUGGCUAUUCUUCACUACUAUAGAACUGAAGAACUGCAUGUAGACCAAAAUAUUUGUGGAAAUAUCAUUAAAGGGGAACUGGAAUAUUGGGGACUCACGGAGCUUGACAUUGAACCAUGUUGCUGGGGACAAUAUAGCAAAUUCAAAGACCACAAAGAAACGUUGGCGGCGCUGGAUGACAAUUUUACGUCACAGAUCGACGCUGAGAUGACGGCUUGGGACAAUGACAAACCGUCCAGUCUUAGCAGGUUCAAACACAACAUGUGGUUGUUUCUGGAAGAACCAGGGUCGUCUAGACUAGCAAAGGCGUAUGCUGUGAUUUCCAUGUUCUUUGUUUGUUUGUCAAUAGCAGUAUUUUGUCUGGAGACUUAUGAAAAAUUUCGUGUUCCAAUAAAUGACAAAGUGAAACCCAUCAACAAAACGGGACUAUACCUGAAAGAAUCGGCCACAGGGGAUUUCUGUGUACACACAAAUGUAGAACUCAAAUACGAAUUUUCCGACACCCAACCUCAUAUCGUCAUGCAAAUUAUGGAUUACAUCUGCGCCGCAUAUUUCACGACGGAGUAUUCUAUCAGGUUUUUCUUUGCGCCGAAGAAGUUGAAAUUCAUUCGACAACCUCUGAAUAUCAUCGAUAUAUUUUGUCUCAUUCCUCAUCUCAUUGCAAUCAUCUUGGUUACUAUUAACCCUAACGACAGCACCAGCCAGCUCUUUAAAUCCAUGCUGGCCCUGCGAACUGUGCGAAUCCUAAGAGUGUUUAAGCUGAUGAAGCACUACAGUGCUUUCAAUAUUCUUGUGUACACUAUAAAAGUUAGCAUUAAGGAGCUUAUGUUGAUGAUCAUAUUUCUGUUGACAGGAGUGCUGAUAUUUGCGAGUGUUAUCUUCUACGUGGAGAGUGAAAAUUUCGAAAAUAUCCCUAUUGGAAUUUGGUGGGCAUUAGUCACUAUGACUACCGUUGGCUAUGGAGACAAAGUGCCGAAAUCGGAAGCGGGGUACAUAAUUGGUUGUAUGUGUGUAAUUUGCGGUGUCUUGACGGUAGCAUUUACAGUUCCGAUAGUCGUGAACAAUUUCGCACUUUAUUACGCACACGCUCAGUCGAGAAUUAAAUUACCUGCCCAUAAACGCAAAGAACUUAAAAGAAAACUAUAUGCAAAAAAUAAAAAGUCAUUAGACCUUGUCAAUAAGUGGAAGAAUGCUCGUAAAAAGGAACCCACUGAGUUCACGGAAAUGAAUGCAAUUAAGAGUCCAAGAGCGCCGCCUUGCGGAGAAGAGUCUCCAGGAGACAAGACAUCUAACUCCAGUGCGGUGAAUACAGCCUACUUUCACUUUAGUAGUACAAAACCAAACUCUAUACCAACAGACGCUAGUAAGAAUACCAGAGUGGUCACUAUAUCAGACGGCGUCAACACAGCAAGUCCGCCAUUAUCCAUUACUCCAAUUGAGACAGAUUUAUCAGAGAUGGAGCAACAUAAGAUAGAAACGGCAAAUUUAUUGAAUAACCUUAAACAAAAAGAUGAAAAGAUUAAAGAGGAGAGGAAAAGACAAUUGGGCAUGCUCAACGAGAAAAGGGAGCGAUUACAGAACGCUGGGAAGACACCGCGGACAACGCCUGCUCCUGCCGCGGCUUCUAAGCGGAAGUCGUGACAAAAAAGAGCGAAUGUUGUUAAUUUACUACAAAGGCUGUGCACAAGCGGAAAACUGCUGCUAUAUUUUUGAAAAUAUUGCUUGUAUGAAGAGCUAGCGAACAGAAUUCAUGAGUCGCAUAGAUGGACACGUCUAGUAAUUCGGUAUUGCACGAUUGAAAGUCAUACCAAGGAAAAGUGUCCGUCUCUUUUAUUUUUAUAUCUAUAGACACAUGUAAAUAUCGUAGAAUAUACAAUUUGUUGCUUGCUUGUUAAUUAUUGUCUGCGAUGAAAUGGCUUACAUCGAUGCAAUGCUAAAACAGUUCAUUCUAAGAAUAUUCACUAUAUGUUACAAAUGAUAGUAUAUAUACAAUUCACUUAUAUGUACAGUGAUGAUGUGCCAGACACAUCAAGCACUAAAUCAACGUUCUAUUGAGCGUUAUUUGUAAAGAUACAUGUUUCUUUGCUUAUGAUAUGCACCUAAUUCUAAAGUCUCCCAAACAAGGUUUUCUUAUCAUUCCUCUUCUUUAGUGCUGAAUUUGUCCGUACGAAUGAUUCAAUAGCUCCAAUUGAAACUUUGUGGGCUGAUAGGAGGUCACGAAGAGAGGUGCAAUCAAUCAAAAUGGCUGUCAGAAACGUCGAAAGUCAAGGCAAUCGGAUUACAUCCAAAUUUUAUGUCUAUUUCCAUCAUAAAAUGUUUUGCACCACCAUUUUCAAAAUGCCCGCCAUAUACAGAAAUUUUCAAAGUGUUAAAAUAUAUACGACAUGUGGGUUUACAUGUAGGGGUCAAUGGAGGGCCUACGGUUCAUUUCUAACAUUUCAAAAUAGCUGGCAAAAAUCAAGCUUGUCAGAUUGCAACCACAUUUAGUUUCUAGGGUUAAAUGAGGAUCCCGAGUCCAUUUCUGGCAUAAAUGUUUUGACCUGGGUCAAUUUCUGCGAGGGGGGAGGGGGGUGGCAUUUGUGUUAGUUUCCCAGUACAGCUAUAGCAUGUUAGUCUUCUUUCUCGCGUCUGAAAUGUUCACUGCGAUUCCCCGUAACCCUUUGAAAUGUUUUUGUUUUAGGUUGAAGGGGCUUAGAGUAUAUUUGGGUGGGGUCUAACAAAGAAAUGUAUGGGGGAAUAUUAUUUCCAAAAUUCAACAGAUAUAAUUCGUCAUAUGUGAUAGAGCCCUGGGGUCUUCGGAAUUGAGAAGAAAAUGACAAGACCUACAAACUAACAUCAAAGUCAAGGGACUCCAGUGACCAAUGGCCAUUAACAUAAAGCUGAUAUAACUUUAUAACAAGGACUACUGGCGACUUGAAAUCUUCAGAAAUGAUAAGACGAUGAUGGUACCUACAAACUUGUAUCAAGGUUAAGUGACUCCAGUGACCUUGAUCUCUGGCCUUGGAACAUGAUCAGAACCAGGUCUGAUAGAGACUUAAAAAUCUUCAGAAAGGAUGAUGGGAUCUACAUAUUAAUUCAAGGACAAGUAAAUCCAGUACCCUUGACCCCUGACCUUGAACAUAACACUGGUAUAACCUUAGAAUCGGAAUUAAUAAGAGAUAUGGGAUCUUCAAUUAGUGACCUUGAUCUUAAAGUAUUGUAUAACUUUCGAAGCGGGACUAACAUAGUCAUGGGAUCAUCAGAAAGUAUGUUGGGAUUUAUAGGAUCAAGUGACGCCAAUUUUGAAUAUUUUCGAAAUCAAGGUUUUUGUGAUCUAGAUUUUUAAAUGACAUGGAUUUUGUGCAAAUGCGUUAUUAAUGUGAGGGGAAAUAGUUCUCGGAGAAAGGCUACUUUUAUACAACUAGUACUUGGUUUGGGAGACUUUAUAAUCGGCAGAUUAUAAUCAUACCGUGUUUCUUGUCAUGUUGUACAUAUUGUACAUGUAAAGGACAUGAAUAUCGACAAUGUCUAAUAAAAGAUGAAAUGGUAGAAAUAGAUGCAUACUUAACAUGUAUUUGUAAAGGGAAAUGUUAUACUCCUAACUUAAUGAAGUGAAUGAAGGCUGUAAAACAUUUGCCGUGAGAUAUAUAUUUUGACAUCUUUCUGUACUUAAGAUUGUGUUGUGAGGUUAUUCUUUCCGAACUACAGCAAUAAAUAGGAACCCAUUUAGUAUUUCUCUUGUAAACUUAAACAUUACUACUUAAAGGUGACGAAAAUAGCGGUUCUCUAACAUCAGGUAUUUAGAAUGGCACCACUCCCGUUCAAAGUACAGUAAAUGUUUACUACAGACAAACAAUGUACAAUGAUAACAAUUAAAUUCAACAUGUACGUGUAUGUUGAAUAAAUUAAGCUGAGGUUAUACGAAGGGGCUGUUAAUACAUGUAUUUGACUUUCGAUGACUUUUCAUUCCUAUUAUAUCAAAACAUAUACAAAGGUGAUUGAACGAUUUUCAAUGAAAUAAAAUCAAGUUAAUACAUUUAUUAUGAAAAUAUUUAUAAUUUGCGUUGCUUUUGUUUAUCAAAGACUUGCGCUAAAAAAAAUUACUUCAUUUAGUAUUCAGAUUUUAUACGAUUUUGAGUUGUACAUAUUGUUCCUUUGAAAGAAAGCAUUUAUUAUUAAGCUAUGGCAAUGUUUCUUGAGCAAAUAUUUUGGUAAAUUCUGCAUUGUGUUCAUUUCAUUUGAACAUCCUUUCAAGAAAUCAAAACAUCAAUAACUUUAUUAUGUAAACUUGUUAACAACGUUUACUCAAGAAACUAUUGAAUCAUUGAUGAAUUCGAGCACGUAUGUUGUUUUUUUUCCCCGAAGAACGUGCCCGAUGUUCGAUUACUUGGUAUCACAUUAAACUAAUGUCAUCUCAUACUCAUUUGUAAUAAAAUUGCCAUUCCAUUUCAGUCAUUUGCGUCAAUUGUUUUCAUUUUCCUUGACUUGUAAUGUUACACAAUAAAAAAGAGAACGAA